GCGGGGCGGCGGCAGGAAGCGGCCCGAGCGGUGCUGGAGCCACCAGGGCCGGUCGGCCUCCUGAAGCCGCUGGAGGCCGCAUCGGGACCCCUCGGGAGUGGCGCGCCCUGAGUACGCCCAGGACGCUGGAGGGUGCCAUGGCCUCGCGGCUCCUGCACCGGCUGCGGCACGCCCUGGCCAGCGAUGGCCCGGGUGAGGCGGCGGCGGCGGGCCCAGAGGCCGAGCAGUUCCCGGAGACCUCCGAGCUGGAGGACGACGACGCCGAGGGCCUGUCCUCCCGUCUCAGCGGCACCCUCAGCUUUACCAGCGCUGAGGACGACGGGGAUGACGAGGACCAGGGCGAGGACGACGAGGAGGUCGGCCCGGACUCGCCGUCGGCCGGGGACAGAACCUCGGGAGAAGACACAGAACGGAGCCCCCCACCUGAUGGGCAACGAGGCAGUCAACUCCUAACCCGGCAGCUACAGGACUUCUGGAAGAAAUCUCGGAACACCCUGGUACCCCAGCGGCUGCUCUUUGAGGUGACCAGCGCUAACGUUGUCAAAGACCCACCCUCCAAGUACGUGCUCUACACCCUCGCCGUGAUGGGUCCAGGGCCACCAGAUCGCCAGCCAGCCCAGAUCUCUCGUCGCUACUCAGACUUUGAGCGGCUGCACCGAAAUCUGCAGCGACAUUUCCGGGGCCCUAUGGCUGCCAUCUCCUUUCCCCGUAAGCGCCUACGCCGGAAUUUUACCGCAGAGACGAUUGCCCGCCGUAGCAGAGCCUUUGAACAGUUUUUGGGCCACCUGCAGGCGGUGCCUGAGCUACGCCAUGCCCCAGACCUGCAGGACUUCUUUGUGCUGCCAGAGCUGCAGCGGGCACAGAGCCUCACCUGUACUGGCCUCUAUCGCGAGGCCCUGGCACUCUGGGCCAAUGCCUGGCAGCUGCAGACCCAGCUGGAUGCCCCCUCUGGCCCAGACCGUCCUCUGCUGACCCUGGCUGGGCUGGCUGUGUGCCACCAGGAGCUGGAGGACCCUGUGGAGGCCCGGGCCUGCUGUGAGAAGGCCCUGCAGCUGUUGGGAGACAAGAGCCUCCAUACUCUUCUGGCACCCUUUCUAGAGGCCCAUGUCCGACUCUCCUGGCGCCUGGGCCUGGACAAACGCCACUCAGAGGCCCGGCUCCAGGCCCUGCAGGAGGCAGGCCUUACCCCCACGCCACCCCCGAGUCUCAAAGAAUUGCUCAUCAAGGAGGUGCUGGGCUAGCCCUGUCUAGUCUUAAAGCCACUGUGGGGAGAGGGGCUGCCCCAACAUUUGCAGGGUGGGAGACUGAAGAGGAGGACAUGGAAAGCAGCUAGAAGGCUGCAGGGGAUACGGGAGCCCCUAGGAGCUCCACAGACAAUUUGCAGUGGACAGAAGAAAUUUUGUUGUUGAGCUGGGCUCAGGAGCUUUGGCUGGGGUUGGCACCCAGGGAAUGGUACAAGGAGCAAGUCUGACACAGCCCCUCCAGCUUAUUCACAGCCCGGACCCCCAGGUCAGGAUGAACGUGCCCUUUUCCAUGGGCCUCCAAACCAGCAAGUCAGCCUGGCUGAAGUCUGCAGUUGACAGCCAGAGGAAGGGCUGUAGUUCUGGCCCAGGGAAAUUAAAGGCCAGCCGCUCCAGUGGUGUCAGUCUCUUUAUUAAGUGUGAGGGGCAGAAGGUCCAGCCCUCCACAGAGCCCCACCUCAAAAAUGGUGGUAGAAGGGAGGUCCUUGAAGACCCAGUCAAGCUGGUACCUCUGGCUACAGCUUGCUCUCGGGGACUCGGGGCUUUACUCGGAUCACGCCUUCCUGGGCACAGGACACAGCCAGGACCCCAUCCCGACGCCACAGCCGCCCGUGGACCAGCCCCCGAGAGCCACCUGUGGGUGAGGAGACCGGUGAGAACAGCCUUCUUUGCUCCAGCACAGCCAAAUGUACUUCUUGCAAAGCGUCUGGGCCGGGCAAGGCUGCCCCACACAAGGGAGGCCCAAUGUUGUGGCUGCUCUGAGGGCUCCUUUCUGAGCCUAUUAUGGGCAAUCACUGGGGUUCUCCUCCAACAGGAGCCCCACCUGACAUCAAAAACACUUUCACAUGUCCCUGCACUUCUGCAAAAAGAUCACUGAGGGAGGAACCCUGAGAAGUCUCCAAUAGCUUGGCCAAGCAGAUGCUGCACCCAUGGCCACUGUGUUAGGAAACCUGUUAGUUCCUUUUAUAAUAAACCAUGCAAAGUC